UCAAAAACAAAUGUCGAAAUCAUAACAUAACCUUUAGACUUUUAGUUACCAAAAUUAGAUUAAGUUAUCGAAUAAAUAUGCUACUCAAUAUAUUAGGUCCCAAAAACUUUUUUACCCGUUUCAGUAGUUCCACAAAAUUACUCAGUGUCAGUGUCCAAAGAUGCUGGAAUUCUACAGCAUCAAGCGCAGAAACAGUAGAUUUGGCCUACGCGUCUUACGAGAGCACUUCGGACUCUGAAAAUUCAUCACAACCUCCUCUAGUCAUAUUACACGGCUUGUUAGGUUCUAAGAACAAUUGGAAUAGCAUGAGUAAAGCAAUACAUAGGACAACAGGCAGAAAAGUGAUAAGUGUUGAUGCUCGUAAUCAUGGUGACAGUCGACAUUCACCCCAGCACACAUAUGUACACAUGGCUCAUGAUGUAAUGCGGCUGCUAAAGAAAUUAGAGUUGUCAAAGGUAUCACUGCUUGGGCACAGUAUGGGAGGCCGAACUGCCAUGGUGCUAUCACUGCUAUGUUCUGACUUGGUUGCCAGUUUAAUUGUGGUGGACAUCUCACCAGCGAAGACUAGUCCUCAAAUAUUCUCAAUGGCCACCCUUUUUGAUGCUAUGACUGCAGUAUCAAUAAGGCCUGGUAUAGCUAUGUCUAAGGCACGAAAACUUGCAGAUGACCAACUUAAAUCAUUUACACCCGAUAUAAAUCUCAGGAAUUUUCUUAUAACUAAUUUAGUACAAACUAAUGCAGGAUCUUUUACUUGGAGAGUCAAUAUACCGGCUCUAAAAGAUAAUUUUCAAAACCACAUCUCAUCCUUCCCAUCAAACUUAAAAGGCCUUCAGUAUUGUGGACCAACAUUGUUUGUUGGAGGUUCACUAUCUGAUUAUAUUGGUAAAAAUGAUUUACCCGAGAUUCAAGAAUAUUUUCCACUAGCAGAUCUAAUAUUUAUCGAAGGAGCUGGACACUGGGUGCACAGUCAGAAACCAGAAAAGUUCUUGGAAAUUGUCUCCAAAUUUCUUACGGAAAAAUGAUAUUGAAAUAUAGGUCUAAGACUACAGAAGUAGUAGUAGCACUCAAUAGAAUCAGUGCCCUUUGAUAGAAAGAUAAAAUCAGCAAAAUGUGUUCACAAGAACUGUAUUAUCGCGUGAUUGAGCUUGACAAUUGUUUUUUUUUGGUUAUGAGUUUUUGGAAAAUUAGAACCAAGUCCAAAAUCAAAUUAAUAAAAUAAUU